AUGGCUAGCAAUAGUGUAAAUAACCUUAAUAAUACAAAAAGUGUAGCAUUUUAACAAGAUUAAAAGUCCGAAAAUAAAGAUGGACAAUAAAAAAAUUUAGGAAAUAGGGAAAGAGAUUUAAGUAACUACAAAAAUAAGUCUUAAAUUUCAUCAAGUCCUUUAAUAGGAAGUGGUAAAUUGACUCUAAAGAAAAAAGGUUAGUUAAAUUAGUUGAUUAAACCUUUUUAAAAUCACCAAAAUGAACCAGAUCUCAAGAGCUCUUAAGGGUUUUAUAUGAAUGAAGACUUAAUCAUAUAUCCUCGUCAUCAAAUGAGUCAUAAUCACAAUUCUUCUUCGAUAAACGUGAGUGGGGUAAAAGUUUCAUCAUCUUCAAGUUUAUAAUAAUUUGGCUCUUCAACUUAUUUGAAUUCUAAUCCUAAAUAUCACUCAUCACACGAUAUUAAGUUAGGUAUAGAGAUGAUUGGACAUAGAGGAGCAAAUACAUCACAUUUAAGUGGAAGAGAGAACGCCUACUAAUCUAAUCCAAAUUUUUUUUCUACUUUAACAUCUACUAAUAAGAAGUGGUCUUAAGAGUAAGUAUACACAACAUUCUACAAAAAGCGUGAUAAUAAUGAAGUUAUUCUCAUCCCUGAAAAAUUUUGGGAAUAAGAUAAGAGUUUUGUUCCCUUUAAAAAAAUUUGGGCUGACCAUGAAUAAAUAAAUUCAUAAAUGGUUACCCAGUUUAUAUAAAAGAAGUAACAGCUUUAACAAGAUGACCACAAAAAUACAAGUAAUAAAGAAUAAGAAGAUCUAAGUUAGGAUUAUGAACAUCUUGGAAUUCAUGAAAGUAAAAAGAAAACAAAUAAAAAUAUCAGAGGAUCUUCUUUAGAUGCGCCACAAAAGUUGCAUUUAACAAAUAAAUAAAUAAACUCAAAUAAUAUCUAAAAGCAAUCAAAAAAUUAAAAUAAACAUGAAAUCGAAAGUGUUUUUAAAACUCAUUUUUAAUCAAAACAACUGAACGGAUUUGAUAAAACUAAACUUGUUAAUAAUCUCCAUUUAAAAAUAGUGUCCAACUAAACAGGAAUUAAUAAAGAGGAAUUUCAUGAAAGCAAUACUGAUAAAAGUGGAAGAGGAGUUGGGAGUCUUUCAGUGUUAGAUGAUAACAUUAACCAUAAAAAAAAUGGGUUUCUUCCUAAGAUGGGAAAUAAACAUAUGUAGAAUAGCUCUAUGAUGGACCUGACUAUGAAAGAUGAAAUAGAAUUGCAAUUAAAUUAAAACAGAUAUUCACAAAAUGUUUAUGAUGCUAAGAUAUUCUAAAUAGAGUAGUAAGUUUAUAAUGAUGCAUACGAAAAAAUAUAAACAAAUUAGUAGCAGAUAGAUAAAAUAUCUAAAAAAACUCGUGUUUACAAUAAGCAUAAUAUAGUAGAGUCAUUAGAUACUUAGUAAGUAGUGUAAGAUAAAAAAAACACAGCAAUAAACAAUGAAAGAGAGUUCGCAAUUUAGCGUCCUUCUAUUAUUUGCUGUUGGAUAGAUAACGAUUAAGAUACGUGGAAACCGUAGCCUAGGAUAGGAGCAACUUUAAAUAUAGCAGGCUAUGAUGGUAAAAGAGAGAUGAUAUUAAUUGGCGGAAUAUCUUCUGACAUGGUAAAAGAUGUCUUGGUUAUUGAUGCUGAAAGCUAUUUAUAUGAUACUCUAAAACAUAUCUAAGAAUUGAAAAGGUAAGAGUAAGAAGACUACAAGGAAGAAAUUAAUAAAAGAAAAAUGAAUAAAGAAAGAAGGAUUAGCAAAAUUAGUAAAAGAAACUCUUUAAUCUACAAUUUGCAAUUAAAUGGAUAAAAUUAGGGAAGUAGCACUCCUAGUUUAAAGAAGCAAAAAGAAAACUCAGUAGAAAAAACAGAGAAGGAAAAAUAGCAAGACUAUGAAGAUUUAUUUAACAAAUACUUGUAUGGAAAAGAUAACUUUUCAUAAAGGUAUAAUCAUACAACAGUAGAAAUAUAUCGAAGGACUAAGCUUUUAAUAUUUGGUGGAGAAAUUUUGAGUAAUGACCCAAGUCAUCAAGCUGGGCAAUAAAGGUAAAAGCUACGUCCUCAUCACAGAAAUUGCUUAAAUGAUUUAAUAUCGUUCGAUAUGUCAACAUAUGAAUGGAGAGCUCACAUAGGAAGAGGUGAAAUAAUAGAGGCUAGAAGAAAUCACACUUCCACGAUGGUUGGCUAAAAACAUAUGGUAGUUAUAGGAGGAUUAAACUCUGAAGGGAGAGCUUUAGAGGAUUUUUAUGUGUUAGACAUAAACACUUUUAGAUGGAUAAAUAUACAUGUAGUUCAUAAUAAAUACGUACAUCCAUUUACUUAAGGAAUUGCUUACCAUGCAUGCUGCUUUGUAUCAGAAGAUGAAAAUUCUAGCUCUAUAAAUAUACUUGGUAACGGAUAUUAUAAUCUUCUCAAUCAAAAUGGCAACUCUCACAAAGAAAAAAAGUUUACAAACAACAAUGCUGUGCCAUCUUUUAUUAAAGAAGAAGGAUUAUAUCUUUUUGGUGGUGUAGAUUCAACUAAUAACUAUAUCAAAAAUAAAAUGUUUGUAUUAAAGCAGAAUGGAAAUCCUCCUGUUUGGAUAGAACUAAACACAAUAGGUAAAUCUCCAGACAGAAGGUGCGGACAUUCAUUGAACUACAUGUAUAAUAUGUCGAUUGUUGUCAUAUAUGGAGGAAAAUUUGAAAGUCAGAACUACACAAAAUAUUAUGAUGACUUGCAUGUAUUAAACUUAAAGAAUUUAGAGUGGAUUCAAGUCAAUUUAGAAGGAAAUAGGAAGCAGCCUCGUGCUAUGCAUAGCACAUGCAUCAACCAUAAAUAGUUAAUUGUUUUUGGAGGACUUAAUGAUAAAGGUUUCUUAAAAGGAAAUAUCGAAAUUGUGGAAUUUGAUCAAAUGAUAGUAUUUAAAUUAAAAAGAUAGUAAAAUUAUAGUUUAAGCUAUCACUAAGAAUUAACUUCAAAGCAACAGAUUAAAAUGGAGGACCCAUUACUACUAGAGCUCAUGUAAAAAGGAGACUAAAAAGAAAGUAAUUAACAAUCUACUCAAUAGCCUAAUAAUGCCUUAAGUAUGUAAAAAAUGAAAGAUAGAGUAUUCUUAAUAGACCCAGAAUAAGAACGUAUUAUUAAAAAAAACUUAGAUGAAUUAAGAAAUGCACCUCAUACAGAUUAGCCUGAAGAAAAGUGGAAGCCUCCAUAAAAAUCUCAAAGCACAAAUAAUCUGCAAGUCAAUAGAUUCUAGUCUCAUAUUCCUCUACAAGCUCCUUAAAAAACAUAUUUACCUCUUCCAUUAUCAAUUUUGAAAAAAAAAGAUGGAUGA